GACGUCUACGCAAGAGAUUGCUGAAUUCAUCACGUUGCCUGAAAGAAAAACUAUGCCUAAGAAGAUUAGAGAAAAUCUGAAUAUUUAUCUCCAAGAUCUGGAUCGCGAAGAACCAACAGAUUUUAUCCUUCCCCCAAAUGUUCCAGGCGAAAGUUGGGACGAAAAAUUAACUUAUGUGUUUCAAGGAAUACUUAACCUGAAUACACAAGAAAAAUCGAAUGCACGUAUUUUAGAUGCUUAUUAUCAAGUAGGAUCUGUACUAAUGGAAAAGGGAUGA